ACUCAAUAUACAUAUAGACUUAUAUUUCCUGGGACCAUUUCUAUUUUGCAUUCAUCUGACGUCAAUUUCAAGUUCCCCGAUGACCAAAACCCAGCCAGCAUUGCCCUGCUUUUUUUUUUUUUUCCUUUUUUUAAUUGCAUUCCACCGCUUCCAAAAUACUAUCUUUGACCAACCAAAAAAGAAAAUAAGAAAAAACUUCAAACAGAUUCUGCAAGAAGCUGCACCAGAUAGGUCCCACUCUGUAUUACAGAACAGAGGAUUGUACAUUGCGAAUUACAGGUUUAAAAAUUACCAAUAUUUGGUAAUUGAUAGUGGUUUUAACUUUUAAGCUCUCUGUUUGGAAGGUUUUUUUAUGGUUUUUUCAAAAUAAUUAAAUAAUAACUGUCUCAUCUUAACAUAACUUUUUACAUUUUUAACAUAUUUUUUUACAUUUUUAAUACGAAAAACAUCUAAAAACACACACUAAAAAACGAUCCAAACAUAAUCUUCAUUUUUCAGGUGACAUUGCAAAUUUGUAUCCUUAAUCAAGCUGGCUGCCAUCCGUCAAAGUUACUCAUUCUUAUACUUGUCCUUUUUAAUUAUGCAAUUUUCACUGCAUUGAGGUUAGUGCAAUCAGCAGGAACCAACGGUCAAGAUCAAAUCUUUACGAACUUUCACGCCAUUCCCAUCCCUGUCAAACAACACAGACACACACACACACACUGACCACACUUCAGUUUCAUUCAAUAGUGAGUUCCUUCACUGCAUGCUUUUUUUAAGUAAAGUCCAGUCUCUAUAUAUAUACAUACAUAUUCCUUUAAACCUCUUCAUUUCUCACUCACUUUCACACUAAUCAUACCCACCCAAACACUUCAUUAAAUGGAGGAACGGCCGGAGACUGAACUGAUUUCGAUUCCGGCCACCCCACGAGCUUCCACGCCGGAAAUAUUAACCCCUUCUGGCCAGAGGUCUCCCAGAGGGCUGACUUCCACAGGCCCAGCUUCAAAGGAGGCAAAAUCAUGGACCCCAACUUCAUUUAUAUCUCCCAGAUUCUUGAGCCCAAUUGGGACGCCUAUGAAAAGGGUGUUGGUAAAUAUGAAAGGCUACUUGGAAGAAGUGGGACACUUGACUAAGCUCAAUCCACAGGAUGCUUGGCUUCCUAUCACUGAAUCUCGAAAUGGGAAUGCCCAUUAUGCCGCUUUUCAUAACCUCAACGCUGGUUUUGGGUUCCAAGCUUUGGUCUUGCCAGUUGCAUUUUCCUUUCUUGGAUGGGGCUGGGGCAUUGUUUCCUUGACAAUUGCAUUCUUCUGGCAGCUUUAUACUUUGUGGAUUCUUGUCCAGCUGCACGAAGCAGUUCCUGGAAAAAGAUACAACAGAUACGUGGAACUCGCGCAAGCAGCAUUUGGGGAAAGAUUAGGCGUCUGGUUGGCUCUCUUCCCCACUGUCUAUUUAUCAGCUGGGACUGCAACAGCUUUGAUACUUAUUGGAGGGGAGACCAUGAAGCUGUUUUUCCAAAUUGUCUGCGGCCCCCUUUGUACCUCAAAUCCUCUGACAACUGUUGAGUGGUAUUUGGUGUUCACAUCCCUGUGCAUUGUGCUCUCUCAGCUCCCAAACCUUAACUCAAUUGCUGGAUUAUCACUGGUAGGAGCAGUUACAGCAAUUAUAUACUCCACCAUGGCUUGGGUACUCUCAGUCAGCCGGCCGAGGCCACCCCACAUCUCUUAUCAGCCCAUGCCGCUACCUUCAUUUUCAGCUUCUCUCUUUUCUUUCCUAAAUGCUCUUGGUAUCAUAGCAUUUGCAUUUAGAGGCCACAACUUGGCACUAGAAAUUCAGGCAACCAUGCCAUCAACCUUUAAGCAUCCAGCUCAUGUACCAAUGUGGAAGGGAGCCAAGGUUGCCUAUAUAUUUAUUGCAAUGUGCUUAUUCCCGGUUGCCAUAGGAGGAUUCUGGGCAUAUGGAAACCUUGUAAGCUUUCUUGCUUUCCACUUUCGUUAUGUUUGUACUAAGAGGCGAGAUUAUGAUCAAAUUCUUCAAGUGUUUAGACAGGUUAAUAUGUUGAUACUAAACCAAAACUUAUAUCAGGAAUAACCAAAUAGGUCACGACUCUAGUGUACACUUGCCAACAGCAUCAUCUAACUGUAAAACUUUACUCUUUUUGCAGAUGCCGUCAGGAGGAAUGCUCAAUGCUUUGUUUGCAUUUCACAGUCAUGACAUUUCAAGAGGACUUCUAGCCAUGACGUUUCUCCUUGUAGUAUUCAACUGCUUGAGCAGUUUCCAGAUAUACUCGAUGCCUGCUUUUGACAGUUUCGAAGCUGGCUAUACCAGCCGUACAAACCGUCCAUGCUCGAUAUGGGUCCGUUCUGGUUUCCGAGUAUUUUAUGGAUUCGUCUCGUUCUUCAUAGGAGUGGCUCUUCCAUUCUUGUCAAGCCUAGCCGGUUUGCUGGGAGGACUCACUUUACCAGUCACAUUCGCUUAUCCUUGCUUCAUGUGGGUUCUUAUUAAAAAGCCCUCAAAAUACAGCUUCAGUUGGUAUUUCAACUGGAUUUUGGGGUGGUUGGGUGUUGCAUUCAGUCUGGCAUUUAGCAUCGGAGGCAUUUGGAGUAUAGUGAACAGUGGCUUGAAGUUGAAAUUCUUUAAGCCUCCCAGCUGAGCAACAAUAUAGUAUGUUUUUGUAGACUGGACCAGGAGAGUUUAUCUCUACUUUUAUUCCGUUUGUUUUCUUUUCCACUUUUUCCUCAUUGUGAAAUAUCUUAUUUUGUUUUUUGGUCAGCUCCGUUGUAAGUUCACAACAUAUAUAAUAUUAUCUAUGCAAUCGGAAAGGGAUGUAUAAAAUGUAAAAGUUGUUUAAAUUUGAUCAUCUCAUAAAGAAUGCAAGUUUCAAGUGUUUGUACAGAACAUCUGAUAAAUAUGUUAUCUCAGCCCAGUUCCAGAUUGUUCAUGGAUCUCUAUAUGGAGAAUUUCUAUGCCGAGAAAUGGGCUCUAAAAUCAUAUGGUAAAUCUGAC